AUGAGAUACAGCGAGAUCCUCUUGGUUCUGCCUAGUGCAGUGGCAGCAAUCCAUAACGCUCUGCCAGCAGUCCCAGAGCCACACCUCGCUGCGCGCCAACAAGCCACCAUGACCACAACAACCAAAGCCGACGAAGCCCAGAUUUCCAGUUGUGCAUCGGCGUAUUCGGCUCGAUCUUCCGUCAUACCCUCGCUCGAGUCAGAACAACCGGCCCCGCUCACAUCGUACUGGUCCGAGGUAUACCGGUCAGCCACGGACGAAUGUGGCUCAAAUAUUGCCAUCCAGACAGCCGCGCCCAUGUCGGCGUCGCUGAGCUCGCUCCAGGAUGCUUGGGAGUCGAGCGUGGGGUCCUAUCUCCUCGAGAUUGGCUACUACGAGCCGCCGCCCGGGUGCGAUGCCGUGUACGAAAGCAUCAUGUUUUCGCAGCGGUCAAAUGACGCCUCCGCCCGUGCGACGUGCAUGAGCGCAUACUCAUCAAGUACUGCCGCCGCCGCCGCCUCGAGAACGCCGGCUGCAUCCUCGGCUGUCACGACGACUGCUUCAGCAGAGACGCCAGCCAACACGGGCGCUGCAGGCAGGAGUGGUGUUUCUACCAGCCUCGCCCUUGGCGCCAUGACUGUUCUUGGGUAUUUUGGACUGAUGUGA